UUCGAUUUGUAGCGUACAAUUGGCAUACCAUUUUCUCUGCACUCGAAGCCGCUACAUUAGAGCGACGUGUCAGCGCGACGGUAGGCGACGGUCCAUACUUUUAACCGUUUUCAGUCUAGUCGAGUGGUGGUGCUUCGAUCCCAUAGUAGCUCCAGCUCCUCUCCUCUUCGCAAUCCCAAUUUCCGAUCGAUUCUUGUUUCUCAGCUUUGAAGUAUUUGAUUGGUAGUCAGUUUAUUCAUCACCAGAUUAACAUUCAUAGAGCUAUCUCCCAACAUCUAGAAAUCCUUUAUAGACUUUUUUCACAAACCCUUUGUUGUUUUGUCCUCUAGAAGUACCUACCUACUCAAAGCACCCACGUCGUCCAAUUUGCCCGAAAAGAAAGCCAGACAGAAGACAUCAUCGAUCAGCUCAACAGGAAGAUGGCUACAACCGCUCUACCUACCUCCGAUCGAGUCGGUUUGGUAUCUAGACCCCCUGGAAAAGUUAUCCAUCUCACCUCCUCCCCAUCCUCCUCGACCAGGUCCUCCUCACCCGACUCCUUAACCAACGAGAAGGAUGGUAUCGCAACCUUCGAAUUACCAGAGUUUACUAUCAAAGAGUUAUUAGGCUCGAUCCCUGCCCACUGCUUCGAAAGAUCCCUCUUCAAAAGCUCACUCUAUGUCCUCAGGGACUUAAGCUUCACACUCGCUCUGAUCUACUUGGGUCGUCAGAUCGAUCCCAACUUCAACAGCGUCGACGGCCAACUCGUCAACGGCCGACCAGGUGCUAUCUUGAAUUUCCUUGCUUGGGCCUUUUAUGGCUACUGGAUGGGUUUGGUUUGGACCGGUAUCUGGGUCUUAGCGCAUGAGUGUGGUCACCAGUCCUUCUCCCCCUCCAAAUCGAUCAACAACGCCGUCGGCUGGGUCUUGCACUCUGCCCUCUUGGUACCCUUCCACUCCUGGCGAAUCACUCAUGCCCAACACCAUGCCGCAACCUGCCACAUGAAGCGAGAUCAGGCUUUUGUGCCUUACACUCGCUCCCAGCUUGGCCUUCCCCCACUAGCAGAAGGUUGCAGCAAGAAAGAGGUCGAAGGGUCUCAUCCCCCUAGCUUUUACGAGAGAGUGGACGAUUUACUCGAGGAUGCUCCCCUCUGGGCUUUGUACAAGUUGAUCAUUCACCAAUCCAUUGGAUUCGCUAGUUACUUGUUGAUCAAUGCGUCAGGCCAAAAGCACUAUCCCCGUUGGUGGACAAAUCACUUCAACCCUUAUGCUAUCAUGUUUGAUGAGCGCCAUCGAUCCCAAGUUGUUUGGUCGGACCUUGGUAUUGCUAUCACUAUUAGCUGCUUGACUUAUCUUGGCAAACAGACCGAUUUCUUGACGGUCUUCAAGUAUUACAUCGUGCCCUACCUCGUAGUUCAUCACUGGAUUGUGUUGAUCACUUUCUUGCAACACACCGACCCUUUACUACCUCAUUAUCGUGAGGGAGCUUUCAACUUUCAACGGGGUGCAAUGUCCACCAUGGACAGAAACAUUCAUGGAUUUUUCACCCAUGGUUUGGCGGAAACCCAUGUCGCCCAUCACUUGUGCUCCAAAAUCCCCCACUACAACGCCUGGGAAGCAACCGACGCAUUGAAAGCCAAGUUAGGAGACCAUUACUCUUCCACUGAUGAGAAUUUCUGGUACAGCCUUUGGAAAUGCUUCCGACAAUGUCGCUUUGUUGAAGAUGAAGGUGAUGUGGUAUUCUACAAGGAUGCUAGAGGCAAAGCUGCCAGGCGAUACGUACCGAGGAACACUGGUAGUAGUAGUGUCAGCGACUCGGGGGUUGAUGUAGACGGGUCUAUCAAAGAAAAUUCACUAUAGAGUUUCUUGAGACGCAGAAGCUUCCUUACUAAGAUUAUCAUCAGUUCACUCCUUAUAUUAGUCCCUAGGUUGAUUUAUUACUAGAACCUUUUAUUCAAAUUAGAUUAGAUCUUGAAGCAAAACGUUAACCUGGGUCGGGGAAAAUAAAACCCCUGCAGCGUUGCAAGUAUCCGAACGAACACUAUGCCUGCUGAUUAUCAGGCGGCUCGACCCUCACGCCUCUACCCUUUCGUUCAUCUUGAAAACUCUCCAGCAGUUCCGCGUUCACCGUCCUUUCUUUUACCCGCGCUGGUCUUAUUCCCUUAUCUUUACAUCAUUGAAAAAAUAAAAGUGUAGUGUCCCGUGAUAUUUGACUCGCAGGAGUAUUGAAAUGUGUAUGCAGUUAUGUCCCUUCGCUUCAAUCUAACGGGUGUAUAAAUCGUAUGGUAAGUG